GUAACCAUUUUUGGUUGUGAGCAUUAAUCAGAUAUUGGGGAACUGGACCUUAGUGCUCUAACCACAUGAAUGCCCAGGUGUACUUCACUGUUGGACAAUCUAUAAAAUUACUUUACUCAGCAUUGGAUACUUGUUUUCAUCACCAUGAUUCAUUCAAACUGCAUGCUCCUCAGUUUUGGACUGCUCAUUUUCUGCUUUCGGGAUGCCUCUUCUAUAGGUGUGUAUCCCGCGAAAUGUACAUAUACACCUACAAUAGGAUGGUGUAUGUCUCCUUCUCUUCGCUAUUUUUUCUACCCACCAAAAGCGGCAUGUAUGAUGUUCACUUAUAGUGGAUGUGGAGGGAAUGCCAAUAAUUUCUUAACUUUGAACGAAUGCAUAAAACAAUGCCAAAGCGUUGGUGACCCUCAAGCGAUAUGUUUGCAGAAUGUAGAAGUAGGACGGUGCAGAGGUUCCUUUCCUCGUUUUUAUUAUAACACAGCAACUAAGAACUGUGAGGAAUUCUAUUAUGGUGGAUGUGGAGGAAAUAAAAACAACUUUCUAUAUUGGCUUCAGUGCAGAGCUACAUGUCAAAAUUCAAUUAUUCUUCCUGAGAAAUGUUUACUUCAACCAAAAAUAGGAGCGUGCUGGUCUCCUACUGUUCGCUUUGUUUUCAACGCAGCACAUGGGAAGUGUAUGGUGUUUCUUUAUAGUGGAUGUCUAGGGAAUGCAAACAACUUCUUAACUGAGGAGCAAUGCCUAAAAGAAUGCAAACCUACUGGUAAGGAAGUUUUGCAAUCUAGGUCCUGAACUAGUAUUAGGGGAAACUGGUGAUCAUCAUUGGGAUCAAUCAGUAAUCAUUUAGAAAGUUAAAAACACCAAAAGAAAUUUCAUAAAUAAGUGCCCUAAAAGUAGCCUUUUGUUUUUAUGGUUUUCUCUGCAGAUGGUUAUGUGAGCAUUUCCACAU